AAGGGUGGGAGUUCAAAUCUCUCUAGGACCAGGUGAGCCAUUUCGAAGGCAUGGCCAUGCGGAAGAGCCAGGCUGCGCUGAGCCUGGACCCACUGAGUCACGGCUUCUCCACACUGUUUUCCUCGUCCUUCUGCCAGCAGUAGAAGCUGACUUGUUGUUCACGCAGAUGACAUGUGAGAGUGUGACUACAGACAUCACUCAGCUUUAUUGCACACAGCGGGGUAUUAAAGAAGGCCUCUCUCUAGCCUACCAAGACAAACAAGCCUUGAACCUCUUAAAAGAGACACAUGAAAGCCAUCCUUCAGCCAACCAAGAAUUAACUGAGCACUGGGGUGAAUACUUGUCUACAUCGCUGAGAAUGGCGUCAAGGCCCAGUCUGAUACCAAGACAAGGUUAAACUGGGACACAGCUGCACAGUGAUCCUGAUGUCUGUUCCCAGUCGCACAGUCAAGACUGUGAUAAGAGGCUCCAGUUGGUACCAUGGCUUCUGCCGAGCCCCUGACUGCACUGUCCCGCUGGUACCUAUAUGCUAUCCACGGCUACUUCUGCGAGGUGAUGUUCACGGCAGCCUGGGAGUUCGUGGUGAAUUUUAACUGGAAGUUCCCAGGAGUCACGAGCGUGUGGGCCCUCUUCAUCUAUGGCACCUCCAUCCUGAUCGUGGAGCGUAUGUACCUGCGACUGCGAGGCCGCUGUCCUCUUCUGGUGCGCUGCGUCAUCUACACUCUCUGGACCUACCUGUGGGAGUUCACCACCGGCUUUAUCCUACGCCAGUUCAACGCCUGUCCCUGGGACUACUCCCAAUUCGACUUUGAUUUCAUGGGCCUCAUUACCCUGGAGUAUGCUGUGCCCUGGUUCUGCGGGGCCCUCAUCAUGGAACAGUUUAUCAUCCGCAACACCCUCCGCCUGCGCUUUGACAAGGAUGCGGAGCCGGGGGAGCCUGCCGGCCCGCCAGCCCUGGCCAAUGGCCACGUCAAGACCGACUGAGUCAGAAGAUUAAUGUGAGGACCUGAAGCCUCUCGUAGGAACCCAUGAACAGAGAGAGAGAGAGAGAGACGGAGCUGGUGGGGUCACCCCUUGGUUCAGCACAAGCCCUGCCCUCGUCUGGGUCUUAGCCCAGUAGGGCAAACAAAACCACACAUGGUGGGCAGUGGGAUGGUGUUGGGGAGUUGGGUGUCUAGACAACAGAACGACUUUGAGACUCCAUGGCUCUCCUGGGGGCUGGGGGCUAGGUGGUGAACAAUUGGACUUUGAUGGAUGACUUUGGAAGCAGCAAGGGAUGUGAACUCUGGGGCCACAGGUGGGAGGCAAGGUCUGAGAAGGCCUUGGCUGCUGUUGAGGCCACCGCCCACCUGCCUCCUAGCUUCAGCUGGGCUUUGGCUGGUUCAAUUAGGCAAUAUUCAGGUGCUUGCUUGCAACCAAUACCUCCCCAGGGGCCUCUGAGCUGCAGCUGAGAGAGACCAAGUAGCCCAUUGCGCUGCUUGGUGGCACUGGUGUGCAAAGGCUUGGAAACCUUCCUUUGGCUCCUCUCCCUCUCCCAGGGCCCCACGCUGCUCCCUUGGCCUUCUGGGGGCCCCUGUGGUGCUGGAUUCCCACCAACCUUGGGCUUUUGGAGGUUUCAAUCCCCGUGUGUUCGGUGGCGUUUCCCCUUUCUCUUGUGUUCAAGACAUUUACCAUUAGCAGGCAGCCCUUUCCUCUGUGUCAGUCACCAUACCCUCCUCUGCUCCCAGCUCCCUAUAGAACACAGCAGUGGCCAGAGGCACAGCUCUGAAAUGGACACACCCUACCCCCAUCGCCUUGCUGCAGCCUUCCCUCUGUCUCAGUCUGAUGACUGGGGGCGCCCUGUCUCCCUGGCCCAGGGAUUGUACUCUGGUGCCCCUUCCCUGCAGAGGUCCUACUGAAAACGCAUAGUAUCCCUACAAUGUACAGCAAGGCCCAGAGGUGUGCAGUGGAUCCACAGUGGGGGAAGAAAGGGCAGAAUUCUAGGUUCUAUUUGUCCAUAUGGCUUAUUAUUUCAGCCAGUUACCCAGCAUGGCUUCCUGUGAGCUGCAGGAGAUAGAUCCAUAGAGAACAAGACAGAUAUGGAAGACUCUUUAGAGGCCUUUCCUGGAAAAAAGACGAGUUCCACUAUAGCCUCAGCUCAGCAGUCAACCCUCGGGGCUGCUCUUCCUAUAGCCCCCCUUGGCCAGACUGAUCCCAUAAGCUUGUUUCUCAUACAGUGUUAAUCCUGUCACACUCAUGAGCCUUGUUAGCUUGGUUAUCGUAACUUUACCCCAUGAUGGGUCCAUUGCUGGCAGUGGAUAGGUGAAAUCUAGGCCCCUUCUGAUUUUGUCCUCGACUCUUUGAGAAGAUGGGACCAUCAAAGAGUAUAGCAUCCCAUGAAGCCACCCUGGGACUCUCAAAGGUUGAAAUCAGCCCUUAUUUCAUAUAGAUCAUUUUUUAAAUGACUGCACCACCUGUGUGUAGUCUCUGGACUAUGUAGACAGCACCAGGCCAGGGCCAGCAGCAGGGCUGUCUGUCCUAGGCUGGAGGAAAGACUUAGAGACAUUAACCUUCUGUGGCAUCUUUUCCCAGAGUUUUCUCUGUCUAGGGUAGAAUGCAAAAUGUUUCCCUGGGUAGGGUUCUCAAAUCACCAAACACCAUUCUGUUGCGGGGAGGGCUUGUUAUAGCUUUAAUUCCAGGGCUUUAAUGGUUGCAGGGAUUCAGGUUUCCAAUGGGGAGUGGUUGCUUUCCAUCUACAAGUGGAGAAGAUCCCAUAUUUUCUCCAAUUCCAUAUUAUCUUAAUUACCUGAAUUCUAACGCCUCUCCAGGCCACCUCACACCUGUCUUCACAACUGAUCUAUUGGCUUGCUGAAGUAUCCCAGCAUUAAGAUGCCAAUCCUCAACCAGAAAAGGCCAUUGGGUGGCCCUAGGUCUCAGCGCUCCAGAUACUGUCUUGUAGGCACCCUCUAGUACCAUUUUUUUUCUCAAAACUCUAGUAAUCCCAUGUCAGGAGGGGUUCCCAGAGCAGAUCUGCAUGCCUGGCAGUACUCAGCAUUGUGGUCUGCUUUCCUAGGUCCUUGUUGCUCCUAGGUUCCCUCAUAGGCACAGAACCCCCAGGCAGGGGAAGCUACACCCUCAGGCCUGACCGCAGACCUGCAGGGUCAGAUCUCACCGAGUGUAGUGUAGACUUCAGCUCUUGCUUAUUGGCUAUCUUCAGGGCUCCAAUAUCCCUUAGUGCUUAGGGCUUGAAGGUUGGGGUAACUAAGCCCUUCUGAGCAGUGGGUUGUUGGCUGACUGUUAUGGAGCCUCCCUUGGAUGCUCUGAGCCCAAGGUAGGAGUUGCAGGGAGUAAGUAUGCUGCCCUGCAUGGUUGAGUUGCUUUGGAUGUCUGCUAGGCUUCCAAUGCUAUCCCCUCCUGAUGCCAGAGAGUCACAAUGGCCUGUGCUUAUUCACAGCAAUAAUACAUAGGGAGCCCCCUUUGUCCCGGUCCACCACUCCUCAUGGAUCUCCCGGGAGACUGCUGAGUGGGUCAGUUCAUGUGAGACUCUGUUUAUGAAGCUCUGGGCUGUGCAAAGUGUUGUUGCAGGAGGCAGGUGAGAGGCCCAGCCCUGAACUACGAGUAAGGCAGUGGGAGUGCCUUCCACCCUGAAGCCGCCCUUACCUGGAGGAGCUGUAGGCCCUAGCUUUGUAACAGGGCCUACGGACUGGUUAGGACUGUCUUCCAACUGGACAGCUCCUGAGAAAGACACACGACUAGUUUGUAAGCCCAUUGCCUGCUAUGUCUCCGUUAGUCUGUCUCUCCCUUUUCAUAACUGUGCACAUAAAAUAUACUGGUGUUUGUGUCCUGGA